AUGGCUCCUCACCCUCUAGCAAUCCUCUCCGAAGCGGAGACUAACCUUGCGCGCGAUGUCGUCAUUGCAGAGCAUCCCAACACGGUCAUUGACUUCCGUGAGAUCUACUUGUUGGAACCUCCCAAGGACCAGCUGCGCGAGUUCCUUGCUCUUGAGCACGCUGGUCGUCUGAGCCCAACCACCCCUCGACCUCCUCGCCUCGCUACUUGCCAAUAUGAUGUGAUUGGAGCCGACCGCAUCCCCUCCUUUCAUGAAUCCGUUGUCGACGUGGUCGCCCGCAAGCGUGUCAAGCACCACAUUGUCGGAAAGCAACAUCAUGCUUCGAUUACUAUGAGCGAGUUCGAGAACCUCGUUGAGCGAUGUUUUACCUCACCCUUAUUCAAGAAAGCCCUGGAAGAUUUCGACCUGCCGCCGGGAUUUGAGGUCACAAUCGAGCCAUGGCCCUAUGGUGGCUUGGACGACACUGAUGAGAAUCGGCGGUACUUCCAGGGUCUCUGUUUUGCUACCGACAAGAGCAAGAAUAACCCGGAUGCGAACUUCUACUCCUAUCCUCUGCCAUUGAUCCCUGUGAUGGAUGCGCAUACCCAAGAAAUCAUUCGAGUGGAUCGUCCGGCUACCGGCGGCAAGGGAGAUGGCUUGACCGAGCAAACCUUCAAGCGUGACAUUAUCGGGCACUGCAAGGCUUCCGACUACGUGCCGGAGCUUCUGCCAGACGGCACUCGGCGGGAUUUGAAGCCCCUGAACGUAGUGCAGCCUGAGGGCCCGUCUUUUCGCAUCACAAACGAGUCCUUGGUCGAGUGGCAGAAGUGGAGUUUCCGUGUUGGUUUUAAUCCUCGCGAGGGCGCGACUAUUCACGAUGUCUGGUACGAUGGCCGUAGCGUGAUGCACCGACUGUCAAUCAGCGAGAUGACUGUUCCCUAUGCAGACCCUCGUCCUCCCUUCCACCGCAAACAGGCUUUCGACUUUGGCGAUGGUGGUGGCGGUAACAUGGCCAACAACCUUUCCAUUGGCUGUGACUGCCUGGGUGUCAUCAAAUACUUUGAUGCCAUCGUUACAGGACCAGACGGCAGUGCGAAGAAAUUGCCCAAUGCCAUCUGCCUGCAUGAACAGGACAACGGUAUCGGUUGGAAGCACUCCAACUGGAGGACAGGCCGUGCUGUGGUCACCCGCAACCGCGAACUGGUCGUGCAAUUCAUCAUUACGCUGGCAAACUACGAGUACAUCUUCGCCUACAAGUUCGAUCAAUCUGGCGGCAUUACAGUCGAGUCCCGCGCGACAGGCAUUCUGAACGUCGUCAACAUCGACCCGGGCAAGGUCAGCGAUUACGGUAACGUAGUUAGCGGAGGUGUCUUGGCCCAGAACCAUCAGCACAUCUUCUGUGUCCGUAUGGACCCCGCAAUUGAUGGACCAAAUAAUUCCGUCGUGGUCGAGGAAUCUCAUCCAGUACCCAUGAACGAUGUCACCAACCCAAAGGGUAAUUUCUACAAGGUCACUCAACAGACGCUUGAGCGGGCGUGCUACCUCGACGCGGCUCCGGAACUGAACCGUACCAUCAAGAUGAUCAAUCCUCAUAAGAAGAACCCCAUCAGUGGUCACCCUGUCGGUUACAAGUUCAUUCCGCUGGCGACCCAACUGUUACUGGCGGAUCCCAACUCCGUCCAAGCCAAGCGAGCGCAGUUUGCACAGCACCACGUGUGGGUGACAAAGCAUCGCGAUGGUGAGCUGUAUGCGGGAGGUCGAUACACGCUUCAGAGCCAGCAGGAGGUGGAUGGAGUGGCCGACGCUGUCAAACGGGGCGAAUCUGUAGUGGAUACUGAUGUUGUGGUCUGGAGUACUUUUGGUAUCACGCACAAUCCUCGUGUCGAGGAUUGGCCAGUCAUGCCUGUCGAGAUAUUCCAACUGAUGAUUAAGCCGGCGGAUUUCUUCACGGCCAAUCCCUCUCUGGAUGUGCCCUCGAGCAGGAACGCGGCGUCGAGAGUCGUACAAAAGGAAUGUUGUCGUGACGCUCAGCUGUGA